ACAUCUAGAUUCCAUUUGGGAAGUGACAAGAAGAGAAGGAAUAUGCGUUGACAAAGUCAAACGCAACGAAACAAGACAUGAUCCUUCGCUUACACGUCUUUUACCUUAAAGCCAAAGGAAACCAUCAUAUGUCUAAUAACUUGGAAGACUAUCUUUCUUAUGUCUGCGCCUAAGCUCUAUUAUAAAGUCUCUUCACAACUGAACGAUUAUAGCAAUUGUUAAUUUUUCGUUUCAAGAUUUUUGACAUGUCUGUGAAGAGACAGGCUUCAGAGAGAAAGAACAAUGGAAGCAACAAGUCAAGUUACUAUCGAUGCUUGUCAUUCUCGUUCACGGAGUCAUCAACGGAUGGGAAGAAGAAACCAUCGUCUUUGAGUCGUAUGGAUUCUAAGAAGCUAAAGGCAGGUAUUGUGAAGUGGGCAAAGCGUGUUGCGGCUUACGCUCGUCAACUUAGCUCAAAAAAAAGGUAA